AUGCCGGGCGGCGUGCUGCAGCAGCUCUUGCACAGCUCGACUGCAGCAGAACCGGAAAUUAUUCCACCUGCCCCGUCGCCUCUGGUCGACGUCGAACAACACCAGCAUUAUGUAAAGGUCCGUGAACCGAAAAGGGGGCUUGCCAACCACCAUCUUCCAAAAACGUCUUUUGCAAGACCAGAACCGCCCGUGGGGACACACAUGAACCACGACCCAGUAUUAGUGGACUGCGACGACGACUUGCUGAAGUUGCUUACGGUGAAGAAAAAAACCGGGUUUUUCGCGAUCUCCAGGGAUGGUGAAGUUCAGAACGGAUUAUGUGCCGGAACAAAGCCCGGGAACUCGGGGAAGUUUUAUCCCAGUGAAAUUCAUGUUUUCUGAAUCAAAGCAAAUACAGAGAGUGAAGUAAUGCAUCGAUGCAUCGAAAAAUAACGUCGCAGGCAUGGAUGCCGAGAAGAGUGAAUGCAGAAGCGGAUCGGAUCCAUGAUAGGUUUUCGUUUUCUGGAGUGCUUACUGACAGGCUCGACUUUGAUUCAAUCAAAAUUACAAUUUCUGUGUGCAUAAUCUUGGCAUUCCUCCUCCCAGAACGACAGCACCAGGGUUCUCCUCUGCGGGUGGAUCAUCCUCUUCCACAGCACCUUUUCCCCACCGAUCCGGUUCUGCAGCGUUGUCGCUUGUCCCCCAACAUCAACCCGGCGGACCAACAAGCGCAGCUGCCUCUACAACUGGACUGCACGGCAACGAUGCCUCCCCACGAACCUGCUUUCUGGGCAUGACGCAGAGCGACUACAUUCUGAAGCGGAGCGGGUUUACGAUUCGAGGGGAAACCGGAAUCGCAGACACUGCUGGUGGGGGACAUCAUGAUUACAACAUGCGGCAUGCGGGACCGACAGGAGCAGUAAACUUCGCUGACGGAGGAGGUGAUGGAUCGUUCUUCAACACUGGUAGCAGCGGUCCCGCAGCGGGAGGUGUUGGGACAAAAACUUCGCGAAACGGCGCUCGCAGUGCGACCACGUCGUUCCCAGCGGUUGACGGCGGAGGCAGGGGGACAGAGGGAACAGGAAACAAUGUGAAUUCCUUGAUGAACCCGUCGAAAGCGAAGCGGGCUGCAGAGGAGAGAGGAUUGGGCAGUGAGCAGAAUCAUGCGGCUGGGCGUGCAAGGAAGCAGGGCGCUGAUAUUGCAGGUGGUCGACUGCGAACGAAAAGUUUGAAGGGGACGUUGUUCACGACCGACUCACCGAUCGGCGGACAGUCGACCGCAGGCGGACCAGGCGCGAACGAUGCAAGAGAACAAGCACUAGAAAACCAAUUUGUCGAGGAGGUCAAGAAAGAUGUCCAAGAUCACGGCGGGGACGGAAAAUUGAAGAUAGUAGUAAAAGAAGGGGUGCAAAAUCAAGAACCAAGCUCAUCAACAGCAGGCGCCGUCCCGACGAGUGAAAAGCACGUGGUAGUUGUGGACCCGAAGAAUGAGAGCGUCGAACUGGGUGAGUUCAUGCAAGUGCAGCUGGGGUACCCGAAGCGUUUUCCCGUUACGGUUUUUGUCGUGAACGAUGUUAACUUUGCUAAGAAAUAUCCAAGGAACGAACACCAUCACAAUCGCAUUUAGGAGGUUUUGCAUCAGAAAUUUCUCUCGCAUGACAAAUUUUUCUUGUAUUGCAAAAACACAAAGGGAGACUACCUGUAAAUUCUUGACUGUGGUUCAUUUUUGCGCAUGACAAAAAUUUUUGUACUUAUUGCAAAAACGUGCAAAAGUGAUCAUUGUGAUGGUGUUUUUUUGUUGAAUAUUAAGAAAGGGGGCCUGGCCAGUACUAGCGGGGCGAUCGAUAUUCCGACUGCAGGGCCGGCGCCGGGAGAGCUAGCUGCUCAAGAAGAUGCAAAACCCAAACGGUACGCCGUUGUUGUUAGCGAUCCGAAUCAAGUUUUUGACGCUACAGCUAUGGGGGGGACUGAGCAGCGCACUCAAAAAAAAACCAAAAGUCCAUGUAUGCGUUUGUCCCUUAAAAAUAGUCCCUAGUAAAAUCACGACUAUCACGCACGGUUUGCCAUUCUCAGAACAGGUGUCAUCGGCGUCUCGGGAACGAGCUACCGAUUGUAGUAUGAAGUUAAGAAGUACUAGCAAGAAGUCCCAAGAACCCGUGCGAGGUAGUUAAGACGCAUCAUCCCUAGCAAAGACAAGAUGUAUCUGGAUCACCAUCGAAGCAGAAGUAGGAGGCGGCUGAGGCCUAAUUCUUGGCCCGGCUUUCGCGGUCCCGCGACCGCGGGCCGCCAAACGCCUACCAACCACCAUGCCGCGCGCGUGCUUUUCUUCGCUUUGUGUGGUGCGUUAAUUAUCGUAACUGCAAAGCGAAAGCUGGGGCUCCUGGCUAGCUCGCAUCUUUAAUAAGUACCCAGAACAGGGCGCCCGGCGGGGUGCGCCGUAGCACCGAGAAAACUUUGAGUCCCACAGUUUCAAUCCCAAUCCCGAACUGUCUACAGUUUCAAAAGAAGGACGAAUAGGUUGACCGAGUCGGGGCCGAUCCAAGAUCCGACAACCCGGAGCCCGGAUCCCGGAUCCCGGCCCGUCGCUCGGCCCGGUCCUUGACGGCCCGAUGCCACUUCUACCCCGAGCCGGGAGACAAUAAUCAGGAUCGCCACGGGCCUGCCAGCAGAGUCAGGCGCUCGACAUCAGGAACCAAGCGCACAACCCGGGGAAGCGUUGCGGCACUGCAGUGGUGUGCCCGGGCCAACGCAGUGCGGCAGCGUACCCGGGUGGAAAUAAUGCGCCGGCCCACUGCUAUGGCUGUCGGUGUGCCCGCCUCUGCAUCAUGGGGCGACACGCGUGAACAACGCGCGCUGCGAUUGCAAUCCUCGGCCAUGCGGGGCUUCUCUUUGUUUUUCUGCCUAGCUCGCCUUCUGUAAAUUGAUUCCAUCAGGCAGCCAGCUGCUGGCAUCUGGUAAUACAAUGCGAGUAAAAAAGCAUUAAUCAAAAAGCUGCGCCGGGUUUUGUUUCGUUGGUUUGGUUGCCUGCUUUCCUGGGGGGCGCAUUUUUCGGAAUUCCAAUGCCGGGCGCGCGGCGUCUUCGGGGGGGGAUUGUUUCCGGGGGUUGUGUUCCUUCGGGCCCUUGGCCCCCGGGUGCCGUGUUUGGGUUCUGGGGUGCCCGCGAGCGUCGAGGGCGGCUAGCUGGUUGCUUUCCUCCUUCCAGCAUACGCAUCGGGAAUGAUGUCUGCCGUGUUGCUCCUCGAGCCGAAGAGUCUUGGGUGUGCGCUCUGUUCUGGGGGUUGGGGCAAAUUGUCGCGGAGGCGCCCCGGGAGUUGGGGGGCCGCCCCCCGAGGGUCCGGGCGCCGGUGUUUGUCCAAGGUGCGUCGGGUGGUGAUAACGCUUUUGGUGGGCCGGCGGUGGGCACGGGUUUUUGCAGAGGGAGUUGCAGAACUUGCAGGAACCUUUGUCGGGGUUUCUGCAAUAACCUCUGCAGUAGUCUUUGCAUUAACCUGCGCAAUAAAAGCUGCGUCAAAAUCUGCACAAAUUGCAAAACAAGGCGAACCCUGUCGGAAAUCGCGCCCCCUGAAAUUAAAAAAAAAGCUAAUGCGUAUUGUAAUGCAAACCCAAACUGAAUUGAAGCCAUAAACUAAAGCGGGCCACCCACUCACAAAACACGCCCGGAGCUGAGUGUGGGCGGGGGGUGCGUUUUCCCCCCGGCAGGGGGGUAUUUGCCGAAAUGUGUUCCGUUUGGCGCAGCCCCUCUUCCGGAGUUUUGUGCGGUUCGGGAAUCGGGUCGGUUUUGUUUUCCCCUUUUUUUGCUUUCCCAUUGACGGCCGCCUUCCGAAGGUCCCCACGCAUAGAGGCAAACAGCCCGGGCGCUGCCAUCGCCUCUCUUGGGUUCUUGGUUGGCGAUAUGGCCUCCCCAAGGGGGGGCUGCGCCGGUUCUUCCAUUCCUCCUUCCAAGGGCGCAUGGUGCCGAGUUGGGUCGGGCCGUGCUUGGGUUCUGUGUGGCAGCGCCCUGCCCCCAUGGCGGCAGGUCUCGGGGCCACAGGGUUGGGUUGUGUGCGCCCUCUGUGUUUGCCUUGGUGUGUUGGCGUUGUUCAAGGGCGCAAGCCUUCGUCCUUUUGUGCUUGGGGAUUAAUGCAUUUCCAUGCCUAUUUUAAGCCCGACAGCUUGCCCGGGUCCGGCAACCUGCAAUCCAGGCGGCUGGCUUCGUAGUGGUACUCGGGUGGGGUGAUUAAGUAAGUUAGUAAGUAAUGGGGUAGGGCUGGAUAGGUUAGCGCCCUCAAUCAAAAAGCGAAAUCGCAGGAGUGGCGUCUCCUCUUCUGUGAGGGAGAUCUCAUUGAGAUUGCGCCACUUUUUCGCUGUGGCAGGCAAUGAAAAGCGGCGAAAUCUCGGCGCGAUUUCGCUUUCUGGGAGUGAGGUCUCAGUGAGAUCUCGCCCCUUUUGCAGUGCGGCAUUGAAAAAUGGGCGCGGAUUUCACUUUUUGAGAGAGAAAUCUCCCGUAUGGGCCAUCCCGGACGCGGAAAGCAAAACUUCUCAACAGGCCAAGUCUCGCUGAGAUUUCGCUGCUUUUUCAGUGCCGCGCUGGGCUUCAAUGUGACACCGGAGCCCAGUGAGUGGCACUGUAAAACGGGCGAAAUCUCGCUGAGGUUUCACUAUUUUCAAAGUUUCACUUUUGGGCAGCUCAAAAAUGAAAGUGAAACCGCACUGAGAUCUCACACUCAGAAAGCGAAACCUCAAUGAGAUUUCACUUUUUUCAGUGCCGCACCGAAAAGGGGCGGAAGCCUCCCUGCAGUUCCACUACCAGAAAAUGAUGGAGCCCAGCGCGGCACCGGAAAAAGGAGCGGAAUCUCGCUGAGAUUUCAUUUUUUGAGAAGUUUCACUUUCCGAGCCACUUCGCCGGGAUGGCCCAAAAGUCUUCGAAAUUUCUCAAAGAGUGAAACCUGAGUGAGAUUUCGCUUUUUAUUUUCAGGCGCUGCGCCAAGGCGUCUGCGAAGCUAAAAGUGCCGCUGGAGUCGGCUCUGUUGGCAAGGGCAAAAAGCCCAACAGUAUAGAAAUACUCGAACAACAUGGAAACAGGAGAGAACAGAAAAGGCUCGAAGCCCUGCAGGUGGAAGCAGGUCGGUUUUCGAGAGGUCUCGAAGCUGCUGAAAGUCUCCCUGGUGCUACGCGCGCACAUUUUAAAAACACAAAGAAGAGGGGAAGGGGGGGGGGAGGGGGGGAUCGGGAGUCGCCUCUGUUGGCAAAGGCAAGAAGUCUAGCAGUGCGGAAGAUAUAUUGGAAAACGUAAAAGGCUUGAAACCUUGGAAGUUGAAUCGCGUCGGUUUUCAAGAAAUCCUGAAACUUUCGAAACCUCCCCCGGUGUUACGCCGCACCCCGCCGGGCGCCUCGCUCUCUUUCCUAUUUUCGCUGAGUUUUCUUCGGUUUUUAUCUAGAACGGGCGGUCGCUCCGCGCCCGCCGGCCCGGCGACGAGGGGGUGCAAGGGGGGGCGAGGGAGUAAGGGUGUGGCCGCCAGUGACCGUCGCGCGCUAGAUGCUGAUAAGCGAAAAAAAGAAACCAAUGGCAGCGCCCCCGUCCCAUCUCCCUUGGCUUGAGCAAAAGAAGCGUAGGUAGAGUCAAGGCCGCUAGGCGGAAGGGGCGCGCGGUAGAGGGCACAGAGCGCGGCCGCUGUCCAAGCUUCCACAAACAGGCCCGGCGGAGAGCGUGCGCAGCCCCCUCGCGGAGGCUCGGGAGGCUAGCCACGAGAAGCAGAACGAAAAGACACGCGGCCAGCAACAAGCAAAAUAAAGCACAGCAGGAAGGGCCGCGGCGGAAAGGCAGGGGGGGGUGUUGCGUGUGGCUCUUGCUAGAAACGAGACAGACCAAAAAAAAGAGCAAGCAGGCCAAAGUGAAAGCCCACCCACGCCCGGGGACGAGGCGAAAAGCGCUGGGAGCCAAAGGGGAAGGAGGCGGGCCGCAAAGAAACCGAAAGCACGCUGCUCGACAGUCCAAAGCAAGGAAACAAAGCAAGACCAGACCGCCCCGACGCGGCCGAAGCAAGAGCCCCCGCGGUCGGCAGUGAGCACGCGACGGAGUCCGGCUUGCCGAGCCUCGCACGGCAGAGAAAGGCGCGAACUGACGCCAGAGCCCUCGCAAGAGAGGUGGAAGGGGAAGGGGCGCCAGAAUGCAGAGCGAAAUCAGCCUGGGGCAGCCAAACGCGAACCGCCAGGCAUCUAAGCCAAGGCCAAGGGCCCAGACCACGGCAGGCAGGGCCGAAGGCCACCCGGGGGCCGGGCAGCGCGCGUCUUGGUCCCUCCGAGCGAGUUUCCCACUUUGGCCGCCUUUCAUUCUCACUAGUGUUUCCGCUUCCCCAAAGUCAGGCUUUUUGUCACUAGUCGCUCCACUAGUGGGCGCCCUCACUAGUGGCCCCGGUCACUAGUACCUCUCGCGCUUUUUUGUCACGCCAAAAUCACUAGCAGGAUUUCUACUAGUAUCCGUUUUUCUGCUAGCGCGAUUCUUCUAGCAGGAUUCCUACUAGUAGCUUGCAACCCCGCGCCCGCCAGAAUUUUUGCAAUAGUAUUAUAGAUAAUAGUAAGUAGCUCGCCGCAGUUGAAAUCUAUAGAGUUCGGUCGUGAUCUGCCGUGCCAAAGGUUAGGCUGGUGGAGUAGUUGCGGGAUCCCUUGCCGCCGUCCUUUUCAAAAAAAAAAAGCCCUCUAGCAAGAAAUCUUCUUCAGGAUACAGCUCCGCCAAAGUAGUGAAAUAGCGAGAACGUGAACAGGAAUAAAGUCGGCCAGACUAAAGAAGAGGAAACGCAGGAAAGUAAAGGACCGACAUAAAGCAGGAAAGACUGCCCCCAAUGCCUCUACCCUACGCACCCAUAGACUUCUGCCCAGGUGAGUAUCUAUUUUCCCUUUCGUUUCUCUUCUUUUCGUUCGCUUGCGCUCGGGCUUUCUUUAUAUUUUUCUUUGUUUUUGGGCUACUUCUGUGCUUUUACUUUUUGCCAAACCAACGAAAAUAGUUAGCACGCGAAGCCCGCGCGCCCCCAUGCGCAUUGAUUCACUGAAAGUCCGCCCGGCCCCGGCCUUCUCUGACGCCGCCCUUUCCGGAGCAUCGGCGUAGUUGGUCUUCCGCAGUUUUUGCACGAGUGCGGUGGUUCUUCUCGAAUUGCAGUCAGUGCGUAAGGUUUUUGGUUUUUUUUUGUGUAGGCUGCGAGGUCGCCCCCAUAGUCCCCAAAGAGAAGUAACCAGACGAAAGUGGGUGCUCGUGGUUGGCCUUGGUUUCUAAACCGUCCGGCGGCCGCCAGGUGUGUAAUAACAUAAGCCAGCCACGCGAAUGCGAAACGAAGACCUCCCAGCUGGUCCCCCCGAUGGAUCUUGUUUUCUGUUUAGAUUAUCAUGGGAGCCCCACGAUGGCUACCACUGCACAGCCGACAGGCCCCAGCGCUCGCGCCACGGCCAUUUUUCGGGAGAUAGAUUCGUUCCACGCCGCCUUCGCCAUUUUUGUCGCACCCCGCCGGGAAGGCGAAGGGCCAGCCUUCUCGAUUGUGCGUGGGCGCCAGAUAGGGCGUCGGCCGGUAGCUUCGGGGCGCCGCGCCCGUUGCGCGGUAACUUCGUGCCAAGGCCCCCUUUCCGGCUUGCGGCCGUGCACCUACCUCCAGGACACUGCUCUAGUAAAAGCAGGGGGGGAUGGCAGUGCGUAGUUGGGCUGUUGCAGUGGAGAAAGGCCCUUGGAGCUUUUUGCCCUCCUUCGUCGCUUCGGCGCCGCGGCCGAGCGGAGCUAAUAGUCCCGGUGCCCUGCCGUUGGCCGGCGCGUGGGUGGCAGUUGGUUCGAAUAACCUGGAAGCUCUGGCCAGGCACCGUAUGGAGCGCGCCGCGGUAUGGCAGAAGCAAGCAAGCAGGCAGAAGGGCGGCCCCCUGGUUUGCAGAAAAGAGACGGGGCGCGGCUCCAUGGGCCCAGGGGGCCGAGUUGUGGCGUGGGGGAGUGCAUUGGCGCCCUGCGUUUUCCCGCAGCUCUGCGCAGCCUUGGGGCGAAGCACGCCCGCGGGGGGCGGCCGCCGCUUUGGUGAGGGCCCCGCGUGAUUCAUCGCCCCCCCCCCCUGGUCAAUUGAUCGUAGCAGGCUGACUACGUGACUCAGACGACUGACCCGCCGCGCGGGCCCCGCGGUCGGGCGAGGUCUAUGCCAGUUGGCGAGGUGGGGUGGGCUUUGCCUUUUCGGUGUGAGAGUUGAAGGGCGAACCAAGGGGGCAAAUUGGCUGAGUGUUUCUUUUUGUUUUAUUUGGCCUGCGGCAGUGGCUGACGUUCGAAAGCAGGCACUAGAAACUCCAAACCAGACGCGCGCAGUGUUUGGCCAGUUCCCGCCCAGGCGCCAGCGGUGUACGUUAUCUAUGCAAUGUUAGCAAAGACUGGCGUCUCCGUUUUCAGCAGGCGCUGCUUGGGUUGUGUGUAGCAGCACAGCCGCGGGGUGCAUGUUGCGCUUGUGUUGAGAGCUGGGGUUUGUGAAUAGAGGGAUCACCCUUGAUGCCGCAUCGAAUCCGUCGGCGGUUCCACAUACAUUCGUGGCCCGACUUCGGGCACGCGUAGAGCCCCCUCCCUCGCUGAGCUGCACUCGUUUGCCCCCCUUUCCGUCGCCGGGCCCGGCUCUGCCAAUGGUAUCGGGCGGCGCCAAGGGAUCGGAACGCGCCGAGGCCCUCUGUCAUAUGCACUCUCGCGGACUGCAGUGCAGCUUUUUGGUUAUGUUUUCCUUCUCGCGAAUUUGGGCCGUUUUUUUUUUUGCGUUGUGAAGGGGAUGCUGCCUGCAGCGUGUAUGCCUUUUCUGCCUCCCUUUUCUUUGCGCCGUUUCACAUGGCCAAGCCGCGGCGAUUUGUCCCAGUCAGGUGCUGCAGCGCCAUGGAUGCUGCAAGAAGGUCUGACCCGGCAGGACAACGAACGCCGGGGAGGAGGUGAGGCGAACAGGAUCGGGGUGGCCGGCUGGCCUGAUUUUGAUUGCUGAUCAUCAGCAGAUGUGGUUAAUGCUCAUCCGGCCGCGGGCCAGACAGGAAGUGAAGUCAAGUGCGAGCGCCCUCUUUUAUUUGCGAUCCCGCGUAUCGCGGCUAUGUUCGGGCCUACAGCUUGGCAGCUUACUCGAAGGACGAAGGAGGAAACUUGGCGAAUUUUUUUGCGCAGGCGCCUGGACUCCGUGCCGUUGGUGCUGCUUUUGGAAAGGCGGAGCUGACGCUUCUUGGGAGAGAACAAGGCUCCGCCGACGCAGGCGCAGGCGCAGGUUCCGCCGACGCAGGCGCAGGCUCCGCUCCUCGUGACGCAGGCGCAGGCUCCGCCGACGCAGGCGCAGGCUCCGCCGACGCAGGCGCAGGCUCCGCCGACGCAGGCGCAGGCUCCGCCGACGCAGGCGCAGCUCGCGAAGGUUCCGCCCACGCAGGUGCGCAAGAGCUGGAAGUGUUUCCGCUCGAGGGGUUGUUGACCAGAGAGGGCUUUGCCGGUUUGAAGAAAAGUAUCGAGGAGGGGUUUGA